GUCUGCUGUCCUUUCUGUGGAUUAACUCUUUAUGUUGCAGAAACUAGCCUUUUGGAUGUCCCAUUCAGGUAUUGAGGGAGUAUCCCAUCUGUGCCUUUUUACCAGCUGCACGAAGGCCAACAAUUGUCACUUUACCAUUGAGUCCCUCUUCAACAGGCUCCAGUUUUGCUUCCAGCAUACUCUUCUAUCUGGUGGCUAUCUCUGAGCCCACUAAAAGGGAGUGAAGAAGGGCCUCAGCAAUGACUCACAAGGCACAAAUCAGCAUUCCGAUAUUGGAGGCCAAUACAAAUGGUGUCCCAAACAGGAAACGGUCAUCUCAGGAGGACAUGGCCAGAGACACCAUUGUGACCUUUCACAAUAUCUGCUACACAGUGAAGACCAAGAGUGGCUUUAUAUGCUGCCGAGAAACAGUGGAAAAAGACAUUUUGAGAGAUAUCAAUGGGAUAAUGAGGCCAGGACUGAAUGCAAUUCUUGGGCCAACAGGCAGUGGAAAAUCUUCGCUAUUGGAUAUUUUAGCUGCAAGGAAAGAUCCUCAUGGGUUGAGUGGAGAUGUUCUGAUCAAUGGAGCUCCUCAGCCUGCCAAUUUUAAAUGCAUCUCUGGGUAUGUGGUGCAGGAUGAUGUGGUGAUGGGAACCCUGACCGUGAGAGAGAACUUCCAAUUCUCAGCAGCGCUUCGACUACCAAAGACUGUGAGGCCAUACGAAAAGGAGGAGAGGAUUAACCAGAUCAUCAGUGAACUGGGCUUGACAAAAGUGGCAGAUUCAAAGGUUGGAACCCAGUUCAUUCGUGGUAUAUCAGGGGGAGAGAGGAAAAGGACCAAUAUCGGAAUGGAACUGAUCACUGACCCAGCGGUCUUGUUCUUGGAUGAACCAACCACUGGCUUGGAUGCCAGCACAGCCAAUGCUGUUCUGCUCCUCCUGAAGAGGAUGUCCAGGCAAAGGAAAACGAUCAUCUUUUCGAUCCACCAGCCUCGCUAUUCCAUCUUCAGACUGUUUGAUAAUUUGACCUUACUGGCCGCAGGAAGAAUGCUGUAUCAUGGACCUGCCCAGAAGGCCAUAGAAUACUUCAGAUCUAUCGGCUAUGAGUGUGAACCGUACAACAACCCUGCUGAUUUCUUUCUGGAUGUCAUUAAUGGAGACUCGACAGCAGUGGCAUCAAACAAGGCUGAAAAUGAUAUAGAUAGCAUCAGUGAAUAUAUCAGCCGUGACAGGACGUUGGCAGAAAGACUAGCAGAGGAGUAUUCGAGUUCUUCUUACUACCAAGAAACCAAAGAAGAAUUAGAGAAGCUGUCAUUGGGAAGCCAACACACAACUGCUGCUUUCAGAGAAAUCACAUAUUCCACAUCCUUCUUUCACCAGUUCAAAUGGGUCUCCAAACGGACCUUCAAAAACCUGAUUGGCAACCCCCAAGCCUCCAUAGCACAGCUGUGUGUUACAAUUUUUCUGGGAUUGGUCGUAGGUGCCAUAUUCUUCGGGGUGAAAAAUGAUGCUAGUGGCUUGCAGAACAGAAUCGGUGCCAUGUUCUUUAUGACCACCAAUCAGUGUUUCAGCAGCAUCUCUGCCAUUGAACUCUUUGUGGUGGAGAAAAAGAUAUUUAUACAUGAAUACAUCAGUGGUUACUACAGGACAUCUGCAUAUUUCUUCUCAAAGCUCAUGGCUGACUUAAUACCCAUGAGGACUUUACCAAGCAUCAUUUUCACGGGCAUAAUUUACUUCAUGUUAGGUUUGAAGCCUACUGCAGAGGCGUUCUUCAUUAUGAUGUUCACCCUAAUGAUGAUGUCUUAUACGGCUACAUCUAUGGCAUUGGCUAUUGCCACAGGACAGAGUGUGGUCGCUGUGGCUAACCUACUCAUGACCAUCGCAUUUGUCUUUAUGAUUAUUUUCUCUGGUUUGUUGGUCAAUCUCACCAGUAUUCUGCCUUGGCUUUCCUGGCUCCAGUACUUCAGCAUUCCUCGCUAUGGAAUGACAGCCCUGCAGGUUAACGAAUUUACUGGUCUACAGUUCUGCAAUCUUACCACAAAUGUUAAUAUUAGUGAUCCUAAUUGCGUGGAGAUUAGCAGAUUACAACCGUGCACUGGAGAGCAAUAUCUGGAGAGCCAAGGGAUUGAUGCAACAGCCUGGGGUCUCUGGCAGAACCACCUUGCGUUGGCUUGCAUGGCCAUCAUCUUCCUUACCAUUGCAUACCUGAAGCUGCGUUUCAUGAAGAAGUUCUCUUAAAAUGUACAUGGAAAUGAGUCUGUGGUUCAGACUGCCUUAUCAUAAACAGAAGAGUUACUGGAUGGACUUUUUCUUUGGUUUUGUUAAAUAGAUUCUUGUAUAGUUAUAAUUAUUCCCUUUGUUCAGUUUACAGUUAGGAAAAAAAUUGCCAAAUGUUUACCUGUAUAGUACACCCAAAUGUUCUUUUGCUAUAUCAGUUACAUUGUGCAUAUUGGCACAAGUAGUGAACCUAACAACAUUCUUCAGUAUUUGCUUUUUAUAAGUGGCAUGAUUGAUUCAAAUUAAGCAUGUCUUAAGCUCCACGCAGUUCAGUGGAAGAGAGCUGCUUUAAUUCUCCCUUUGAAACCAAAGGGACAUAAAAUGCAGUCUUUGGCUGGAUGUCACCCAAUAAUUAUUAAAAUAUAGAAUAGUUUUCUGAGAAGUUGGCUUUACACUUUGAGAAGGUGUCAUCACAAACAUAUACAAUAUAGGAGUAAGAUACUUACAUUAGGAAAAACAACCAACAUAAAUAGUUUGUUUAUCCUCUAGUUUUAUUAAGCACUAAGUGUUCUCAGCUUAUUGCACAUAAUGUAUUGGCUGCAUUUAGAUGUCAAUAACCCUCAUUGCUGGGUUUGUGUCUUGCUCCUUUUCAGACAGAGAUCACUGAUUAGAAAUUAACUCUAAUUGCUUAUACAUGGUUCUAGUUAAACUUUCUAACUGUGGCACCACACUGGGUCACUCCAGUUAUCCCAAGCACCUGGCAUGGCCCACUGUGAUGCCAUGGGUAGAGAGUUUAACUAGGAAGAGCUGAAUUCAGAUUCCUUGCUUAUUCAUGAAACACACAAUCUAUUUUUGUUU